AUAAACAAGUUUGGGGCUGGCCCAACCCUCAGCAUACAGGCACGAAACCUCGCGCCGCCACCAAAUCUCCAGCGAGCGAAGAGGCGGCUCCGGCGAGUGCGCGGCAACGACGAAGGCGUCGGGGCCAGUGGCGAGAGGAAGAGCAUGCUGAAGUUCCUGUCCAAGGUGGUGGUGGAGUACUGCCCUCUGGACCCGCGGAAGGCGGCGGCAGUGGAGCUCCUCGCGCAGUGCAACGGCCGCAAGGCCAAGGACUCCAACCCGGCUUGCUCGGUCGAGCUCCGCCGCCUCCCCUCCCCAGCUCCGUCCACGGACCUCAAGUCGCAGCCGACUCUCCCGCCUCCGAGGGUCCUCGUGACCUACUUCACCGGAGCUGAAGAGGCCAUCGUCUUUGCUGAGGGAGCUACGGCGCAGGGCAUCCGGGACCAGAUCGUCGCACGGGGCCGGCUCAUCGAUACGGAGAAGAUGUUCCGCGACGGCGGGGAGAAGUGGCCCGUCGUCAUCCCCGAGGAGGAGCUUGGCAUGUCGUUCCCUGGCAUCAAGCCAAAGAAAGCCGAGGAUAAGCCCCAGGCCGAGUGACCAAGCAGGAGUUUUCUACUUUAUAUAUCAUGGUUAACUAUGGACAUUUGUACACUCACAGAUGCUGGAAGAAAAUUUUCUCUUGCCGCUACCACUUAGAAUGUGUGUUACCAGUUUGAAAGCCAUGUCUGGUCCAAUUUUUGUUUUCCCGCAUUGACAUAUGCUUCCAGUUGGUGCUCUUAACUCGUACACCAUUUUGGCUAUUGUCAGCGUAAUAUUCUGUGGACAAAUUUGACUCAGAAUAAGAAACUUCAC